AGUAUUUCUAUCCGGAUUCUUAGCGCGGACUCAGAGUGCCGCUUUUCUCUACGUGCUUUGCACAUGCGCGACUGCUUUUCCCUUCUUCCUCCGCUUCCACUGGCGUCCACGGUUCGCCGAGCCGCAGCCAGCACCGCGGAGAAGUCGGGAACUUCAAGAUGGCCGCCACGGAGCCCCCGUCGCUGCGGGAGCAACCUGAGAUGGAUGAUGCUGAUAAUUCUGAAAAGAGUGUAAAUGAAGAAAAUGGAGAAGUAUCAGAAGACCAAUCUCAAAAUAAACAUAGUCGUCACAAAAAAAAGAAGCAUAAACACAGAAGUAAACAUAAGAAACAUAAGCAUUCCUCAGAAGAAGAUAGGGAUAAGAAACACAAACAUAAGCAUAAGCAUAAGAAACACAAACGGAAAGAAGUUAUUGAUGCUUCUGACAAAGAAGGCCUGUCCCCUGCAAAAAGAACUAAACUUGAUGAUUUAGCUUUGCUGGAAGACUUGGAAAAACAGAGAGCCUUGAUUAAAGCUGAGCUUGAUAAUGAGUUAAUGGAGGGGAAGGUCCAGUCUGGAAUGGGGCUCAUUUUGCAAGGCUAUGAGUCCGGCUCUGAAGAAGAAGGAGAGAUUCACGAAAAGGCAAGAAACGGAAAUAGGUCCAGUACCAGGUCUUCCAGUACACGGGGGAAACUUGAAAUUACGGACAACAAAAAUAGUGCAAAAAAACGAAGUAAGAGCAGGUCCAAAGAACGGACUAGGCAUAGAUCGGACAAGAGGAAAAGCAAGGGAGCCGUGGAAGCGGCGAGAGAGAAAGCCAACAGGAGCAAGUCCAAGGAGAGGCGGAAAUCCAAAAGUCCGUCCAAAAGGAGCAAGUCUCAGGACCAAGCAAGAAAGUCCAAGUCCCCUACCCUUAGACGGCGGUCCCAAGAGAAAGUGGGGAAGGCCAGAUCUCCUGCUGAUGAGAAGAUGAAGAGUGAAGAGAAAGGUAAAAUAAAGGAUAGGAAAAAAUCACCAAUUGUAAAUGAAAGAAGUCGAGAUAGAUCUAAAAAAUCCAAGUCCCCAGUUGACUUAAGAGAUAAAUCCAAAGACAGAAGGUCAAGGUCCAAAGAGCGGAAGUCAAAACGAUCUGAAAUUGACAAAGAAAAGAAGCCGAUUAAAUCACCUUCAAAAGAUGCUUCUUCUGGGAAGGAAAAUAGGUCACCUAGUAGAAGGCCUGGCCGUAGUCCUAAAAGAAGAAGUUUGUCUCCAAAACAACGAGACAAGUCAAGAAGAAGUAGGUCUCCGCUUCUCAAUGACAGAAGAUCCAAGCAGAGCAAAUCACCUUCUCGAACUCUGUCUCCAGGCAGAAGGGCCAAGAGCCGAUCCUUAGAAAGGAAACGGAGAGAACCCGAGAGGAGGCGCCUUUCUUCUCCAAGAACACGACCUCGAGAUGAUAUCCUUGGUAGAUGUGAACGAUCAAAAGAUGCCAGCCCCAUCAAUAGGUGGUCUCCAACCCGAAGAAGAAGUAGGUCUCCCAUUAGAAGGCGAUCCCGUUCUCCAUUGAGACGCAGCAGGUCUCCUAGAAGAAGAAGCAGGUCUCCUCGGAGAAGAGAUAGGAGUCGAAGGAGCAGGUCACGCUUGAGAAGACGGUCUCGGUCACGGGGUGGUCAUAGGAGAAGGAGCAGAAGCAAAGUAAAGGAAGAUAAAUUUAAGGGAAGUCUCUCGGAAGGAAUGAAAGCCGAGCAAGAGUCUUCAUCUGACGAUAACCUUGAAGAUUUUGAUGUGGAGGAAGAAGAUGAAGAGGCUCUAAUAGAACAGAGAAGAAUACAGAGGCAAGCAAUUGUGCAGAAAUAUAAAUAUCUUGCUGAAGAUAGCAAUAUAUCUGUGCCAUCUGAGCCAAGCAGUCCCCAGAGUAGCACAAGAUCACGAUCCCCUUCGCCAGACGACAUCUUGGAGCGGGUGGCUGCUGAUGUAAAAGAAUAUGAGCGGGAGAAUGUCGACACCUUUGAGGCCUCAGUAAAAGCCAAGCAUAACCUAAUGACAGUUGAACAGAAUAAUGGUUCAUCUCAGAAGAAGCUUUUGGCACCUGAUAUGUUUACAGAAUCUGAUGAUAUGUUUGCUGCUUAUUUUGAUAGUGCUCGUCUCCGGGCUGCUGGUAUUGGGAAAGAUUUCAAAGAGAAUCCCAAUCUCAGAGAUAAUUGGACAGAUGCAGAAGGCUAUUACCGUGUGAACAUCGGGGAAGUCCUAGAUAAGCGUUAUAAUGUGUAUGGCUACACUGGGCAGGGUGUGUUCAGCAAUGUUGUCCGUGCCAGGGAUAAUGCAAGAGCCAAUCAGGAAGUAGCUGUAAAGAUCAUCAGGAACAAUGAACUCAUGCAAAAGACUGGUUUAAAAGAGCUGGAGUUCUUGAAAAAACUUAAUGAUGCUGAUCCUGAUGACAAGUUCCAUUGUCUGCGUCUCUUCAGACACUUUUACCACAAACAGCAUCUCUGUUUGGUCUUCGAGCCUCUCAGUAUGAAUUUGCGAGAGGUAUUAAAAAAAUACGGUAAGGAUGUCGGCCUUCAUAUUAAGGCUGUACGAUCGUACAGUCAGCAGUUGUUCCUGGCAUUGAAACUCCUUAAAAGAUGUAAUAUACUACAUGCAGAUAUCAAACCAGAUAAUAUUCUGGUUAAUGAGUCCAAAACCAUUUUAAAGCUCUGUGAUUUUGGGUCGGCUUCGCAUGUUGCAGAUAAUGACAUCACGCCUUAUCUUGUCAGUAGAUUUUACCGUGCUCCGGAGAUCAUUAUAGGUAAAAGCUAUGACUACGGUAUCGAUAUGUGGUCUGUAGGUUGUACCUUAUAUGAACUCUAUACUGGAAAAAUCUUAUUUCCUGGCAAAACCAAUAAUCAUAUGUUGAAGCUCGCCAUGGACCUUAAAGGAAAAAUGCCAAAUAAGAUGAUCCGGAAAGGUGUAUUCAAAGACCAACAUUUUGACCAAAAUCUGAACUUCAUGUACAUAGAGGUUGAUAAAGUAACAGAGAGGGAGAAAGUUACUGUCAUGAGCACCAUUAAUCCAACUAAGGACCUGUUGGCUGACUUGAUUGGGUGCCAGCGACUUCCUGAAGAUCAACGUAAAAAAGUACACCAGCUAAAGGACUUGUUGGACCAGAUCCUAAUGUUGGACCCAGCUAAGCGAAUCAGCAUCAACCAGGCCCUGCAGCACGCAUUCAUCCAGGAAAAAAUUUAAAUGAGAUGAAGAAACUCCAAGGGUUUGAGUAAUUAAAUACAAAGACUGAAGAAAUUUCACAGCAGUUUAUUAUUAAUGUAUAUAAACUUAUAAAUAUUUCUGCAGCAAAUUUGAGGAAGCAUGAUAUAUUUGAAUUAACACCGAGGGUGAUAUUUCUUUUAGAAAUGUUAGUUAAUCUGUUUUGUGUCUUAUGUGAAAUUUCACUGUAGAAAUGUUUUAAUUGCCAAGACUGCACAAAAUUACAGUGCUAAUGUAUAUGGUUGCAGUUCACAUAAAAGACAAAAAGCAUCUGUUAUGAGUAGCAGUGCUGGGUGGUUGAUUUGUUUUUAGCAGACUUGGCUUCAGUUUGCUCUUCAGAUACAAUGGCCAGCAUAAAUGCUGUUUAUAUUCACGUUUUCCUAGGUGUGUGUGUGCAGGCCACAGCAGCAUGCCCUUGGUGUAGUCAGUGCCGAAGGGGGUCUGUUCCUUCUUGAGCCUGCCUGCAGGGAUGUCUCCUCUUUUAAAGCAGGUUGUGUACAACAUUCAGUACACUGAAGGUAAGCUAAACCAUCAACAUCACCAGUGUUUUAAGAUGUUAUUUUAUUGGAAUAAUUGAAAAUGAGGGAUAGCUUUGUGGCAGAAUUCCCUGCAUGUGUGAUAACUGAUCUUGUUUUAUUUUUCCGCAUCGCGACUGUGGCAUAGUUACAGUUUCUGUUCUGUUCAUCACAUUUAAAAUUUGAAGCGUAUGCGCUUGAUGGAUAGAGCGCCUUCAGUGUACUGUUUCUUAUUAACUUUACUUUUUUUUAAAUCAACUUGCUAUAGACUUUAUACAUUUUGUUAAAUACAGUUCUUAGUGACAUAGAAACUGCAUAGUUUUCAUUUACUAAUUAAAAUGUUGAGGCCUACUUCUGAAAGUCCUCAUAUUUAAAAGAUAGACAACAUAAUGAGAUUUUUAACUAUUUGUAUGUCAUUUUGAAAGUGUACUGCUUUAUGGUAAAAGUGUUUUUCAUUUGUUCAUUGUUUGCAUUAUUUGUGAUCAUGUUGUCUUUCAAUACAGGCAUAAACCUUCCACUCUUGAACAAAGCAGCUGCUUUUUAAAAGCGGUAAUUGCUUCUUUACCUUUUAUUUCUUUUGUAAAUGAAGCUUUUCUUUUAAAAUGUGACUUUAAAGUGUUGUCUAUUGCAUAAACAGUUGACACUCACUCACUGUAAUGAGAAGAUUGUUCACUGCAUGGGAGGUGGACCAUGCAGAUUUCUGUAUGUUCUCAGUAUGCAUCACUAGAUAAUAAAGGCUUUUGUGAACAAGGCAUUUGUAGCCAUUUUUAAAAGAUUUUGUCUUCAGUGCUGGUAAGUCAGGUAAACUGUAAAUAGUUAAAGCAGUCUUUGUUUUUCUCCUGAAAGUAUUACCUGCUAAAAAUGUAACUCAGUAUAGCCUUAUUUCUAGAUUUCUUUUAAUAAUUAGGGUCUUAAUUAUUUCAUCCAGAAAAAGUUCUUCAAAUUUUGUCAGCUUUCAGUGUAGUGAGGUUGUUCCUCAGUGUAGUAGGUUAUGGGGUAUAACUCAGGAUUUAACUAAUGUUUCUGCUAUUUUCUCACUUUUCCUUUUGAUGGUGCGGAAAGAGAAAAAGGAAAACGGGGCACAGGCCAUUCGACGCCUUCUCCAAGGGGUCUGAUUUGCUGAGACACCAGCUUCACCUUCUUAACAAGGCACCUAAUUACAACAAGCAUGCACAUUUUGGUGCACUCAAGAAUGGAAUGUCAGAAUAGCAGCAUUCUCCUGGUGGGUUAUGCUCCAUUUAAAGACAUGAAAUGAACCGCACAGCCAGGAAGGUGAUAGAGAGAUAAUAAACCACCUAUGAACCUACACUCGGCUCCUCAUGGGUAGACUUACUAAAGUAAACACACGGUGAUUUCCAGCUCCAGGUAGAGUGAAGCCUUUUAAAUAAGGCAUCACGGCGCAGCGUCCACCUUAAUGCUAUGGGUAGGGCUUUUCCCACCAUGCUUACUUUACUUUGGUGCUAAUAUGCUGCAUAUUUAGGUCUUUUAUAGUUGUUUUCACUCAAAAUAGUUAAUGCUUUCCUUCUGAUGAUUUUCCUGGCUUCAUUUUAUAGUUACUUAAUAAGUUAAUCUCCACUAGAAACAGUUCAUCUUAUGCCUUCAAAGCUUUUGCCUGCUCUUUAAAAAAACAAAGUUGCUUGUUACUUGUUCUUUGUGUUUUAGGUGCAGCUCACUGGAAGAUGACGGCAGCCAGAAGACGUGAGCCAAGGUUUCUGUCCUAUAAAAGAUAUUUUCAGUUCUCAUUUAGUGUGUGUCUGAGUUGUAGUUUCAGCAUUAUAGUUUGGGUUUCAUCGUUGUGGUGUUAGAACAGUGCUCUUGUGCCCAUCUGUAGAGUGCACCUGUGUAUCACAGUUUCUGCAGCUACAGCCUUCCUCAAAAAUCAAAAGCAAAUUCAGUCACAAAAAGCCCACAUUUCAUAGUUGCCAGAAUUAGGUCCUAAAGAUGACUAAGGAAAAAAAAUUCCUGCCAGGUUAGUGUAUGUUUGAAAAUAAUCUGCAUGUUGAGUGUGGUAGCCACACCUGUAACUUCAGCACGCCGGAGUGGAAGCAGAAGGAUGCUGGCCGGGCUCAAGGUCUGCCUGUCCUGUAAGAGCUCCUCCUUUAAAAAGAAAUGCUUUGGCUUUAAGCAAGUGCCUAAAUCGUAAGAGUCGCCUAGGAUCUCAACAAGCUGGUCAGCUCCUUUAAUGGCUGUUCUCUAUCUUAGUCCUUUGCGACCAGCUUUUAAUGUCAGGGACAUAAAAUAGCAAUAGUGGGUGUUGGAGGUGAGAAAGGUGGUACUGUACCACCAACUUCCCCAGCCUUAAACUGCAUUAGAUAUUCUUCCUUCUGUCUGAUGUGGUAACCUGGCUGAGGUAGAAGUUUGGAGUUCUAUAGGCACUCUCUUAGGUUGAAGUCAGUUGGGAAUGAUCCUAUUGGACAGACCUGCAUUCAUGGUUCUGAUUGGCUGAAAUGUUUUCAGGUGAAGCUGACAGGAAGGUUAAGGUUUCAUACUUCAUGGCAGAAAUGACAAGUGAUUACCAAGCCUGAGAUUCAUAAAACUCUUUUGUCGUUGAGAAAAAAAAUUAAAGCUAAAUGUGUGUUCUUUUUAGGAAAUAAAGAGUACCAAGAUAAGUGGAUAUUCAUGUAAUCAUUAUGUACAUGGGCAAUUUAUCCAAGACCUCCUAACAUUAUUCUGGCAGUCUGUGCACACACCUUGAAGAGGGUUCAGAAAACUCUUAAGCAUUUUUUUCCUGAGGUUAGAAAAGAGACAGCCAGCCAGGAAGCAUCCAUCAUAAAUGUUAGGUCUCUUGGUAGGGUUUGUUCUCAAGAACCUUCAGAUAGGAGGGAGUUGGGCAGUUCUGAACAGGAGCAGCAUUUUGUUAUAAACAGCAACCUUAUGUUAUGGUAUUUGUGUUUCGGCUGAAGUCCUGAUUAACAACGCUCUGUUUCUUCAUUCCUAGUGGCUACUUGCUCAGCUAUUUUAUUUUUUUUAAAAACAAUGUGAUUUUUACUUUACCAUUGCAAUUACCAUCUUUUUCCCCCCCUAACAAGACGAAAUACUCAGGACAUUUUUGGGAUACAAAAUGCAUAUUUUAUGGUAUGUAGCAGAGUUAGUAAAAUGUAAUGUUUUCAGUUUGGCCCAGAUUUGCAUUUCCCUAGUCUACUCUAGAGCAUAGGUAAAAAAUAGACUCGGAUGAAAUAGGAAUUACAUGUAUUUAAGUUUAAAUUAUUUUGGGUACGAGUGUUUAAUUUUUGAAUAGGAUUAUAUAUAGAGAUAUGACAAUAUAGUGUGUGAUUUUUGUUCCUUAUGAUAGCAUUUGGGCCCUAUAAGUAAUGUUUUGUGGCCAUUAUAUAUUUGACAUGAAUUUAUUCUCCUACAUGCAAUGUCCUAACAUAAAUGUUCACUGCAAAUCAUCUGUAAUUUUUCCACGUCAAUGCUGUAUUAUGAAGUUGACUAAGGUUUGGGUUUUGUUUUGGAUUUCCUUGAGAUAUCAUUGUAGCAUCCUUACUUUUUCUUCUUCUGUAUAUAGGGUAAGGGACUGUUCUUCUGAAGAACCAUUCCAAUUAGUGAUCAAGAUACGGAAGCUGCUCUGAGAAAAUGUUGUGUAUUCUAAUUGUUUAUGAUACCAUCUAAGUUGUAACUUACAUUGUAGCAGCAAAUGAUCCCAAACAACUUAAUAGGAAGCUUAAUAAAGUGUGCCUCUCGAAACCA